UGUGUGUGUGUGUAUGGUGAAUUAUGUGGUAGAAAUGUGAUUCCAUUACAAAAUGGACCCAGAAGAACUGCUGGUUGUAGAAGCACAGGAUGCGACUGCAUCUGCUAUCUGUAUAUGUGCCAUCAUUGCAUGUAUUAUCUCAGCAGUAUUCAUCAUUCCGAGAAUCAACAUUGUGUCUCAUUUCGUCCAACCGGAGCUACCAAUAGUACCAGAGGUUUCAAUGGUAGCAGCAAGAAAUCCAUUUACUCUUAACAUCCUUAACUCAAACGUUGCGUCUCUCAAAGAUGGCAUUCAAUUGAAAGUCAAGGCUUCAAUCUGCAGUCAGUUCCAGGCAUUUUGGUUGGCAGACUGUGCCUCCAUUCAACAAGCUCUUCAGCUAAGCUGCGUCUUAUUUUUGCGAGACGCAUCGAGUUUACAAAGUCACUGCUUGCAUUAUGAUCAACCAAUUGUCAUAGAUGCUGAGACAGAGAGACAAGAACACCUCAGGCUGCCAGACACAGUGACAGAUACGCAGAUACAGAACAGUAUGGGUCCCCCACCGCGUACUAAGUACCCCCUGUGUGUUAUAGUCAGGUCACUUGAGGAAGAGUCUCAGCUCGACUCGCAACCUCAGAUUGAGGGCUGUCUGUAUAUAAUUCAUCUUCCAGACGACGCAUUCCGAGAACGAUGUUGUCUUAUUUCACAGCUGAUCAUAUCCGGGACCGGAGAAAUCUGGGAUGUGCAGAAACUUUUCAUGGCGACAGAAACAUCACAGAGUGAAUCUGUACCUGAUAAUCGGAAUGCGGGAGAUGCAUCCAACAUUGACAAUAACCCUAACCAACACAUUGACGGAAUAUCUUCAUCUAGUCUUCAUAGCGAAGACGCGGACAUAAACAAUUUACCAGCAAACGCUUGUGUCGUCUGUCAAAACGGAGUGGUCAGUAUAGCCCUGUUGCCAUGUCGACAUACAUGCGUGUGCACAACAUGUUUUCCAUUGCUCAACAAAUGCCCCAUGUGCAGAGGUUACAUCGAGUCGUUUUUCUCACUGGAGUGUGACGCUGAUGCUGAUUGGUGUAGGAGAUUGUACGACGAUGAUGCGGAAGAUGAUGAUUGGCCAACUAGGUUUAACAAUUCCUGCGAGAGAUUCAGCCAAUGGCUCGGCUUUCAUGACUUAUGAUGAGACAGAACGUUCAAUGACAAUCUUGUAGGAAAAUAUACUUAUUGUUUUCAGUUGAACAUAUCAAGUGGUCAAUUGAUAAAUAUUUAUUUUGUGUAAUUUGGAUUCGGCUUCAGGCUCCAGCCUCUCAUUUGCAGCCCUGAGCCCAAACACAAAGCACGUCAAUAUUGUUAAAACAAACAAGGGGCCAAGCUUGACUGACUUGGAAAAUGCCUAUGUGUGCUAAAUCACUACUCACACCAUGGUCUUCGUGCAGAUUUGAUCAAUCCAGUUAAAUACUGCCCUCGUGUGGUAAAACUAGCUACACCAAGUCAAAUGAGUGCUUAAUCUGAAUUGAGCCAUGCUUAUCAAGGUCCCUUUUUUAAUUUAUUUUUCUUGGCUUAUGCCGUUUCAUACUUAUUGUACAGCUCAACUCUUCAGAAUCAUUUGUUGUAAAUUUGCGACACCAUUAUUCCUGUUUGCAGAAAGUAUGAACUGGGCUUUAGGUUCUCUGGCUGUUGGUUGUGGGAAACACUGUACACUGCUUCAAAAUGAACAGUGGAGCCUAAGCCACAGCACUCAAUAUGGGGUUUUGAAAAGGCCUGAAGCUAAUUAUCAUUACCUCUAUUAAAUACUUUCAUAAUGUUGUUGGGUCAAAUAUGUUUUUUUUUCCUCUCCAUGUUACUUGUAAAGGGGGAACCAACAGACAAGUCAACCACUAAUAUAAGAACAAAGUAGACCACACAAUUCAGCAUUUUUCAGAUUUUAUUAGCCACAGCUGAACAAAGAUCUUGAGCAGACCGGGGUCCGAUAGGACUGAAUAAGUGUUAUUAUUUAUUGUACAUAAAAGAUACAGCACUGGCAUCAGCAGCAUUAUGUCCACAACAGGUCAUCAGGUACUCAUGCUAAUUAAUGUAAACUCAGUUUAGUUACUUCAGUUUUAAUGGAAGCAAAAUUACUUCAUUAUUCAAAAAACAAUAAAAAGAAACAGGAGUUUUCCCCACACAUUAGCUUUAACUUCAGUAUUAGUUCAGACCUUCAUCAUUGUGCAGAUUUGUGUCUUGAACACAUACAAGUCAAAGUCAAGAUUUGAAAAGUCCCCAAAACUUCUUGUACUGGGCCCAAUUGCAUAGAGCUGCUUAACGGCUAAAACUGUUCUUUCAUUUCAUUUCACUGCUAACUGUAAGCAAAGACAAAGGCAUGCUAACCUUCAGUGCUUACGGUAAGGAAGGAAUGAAUGUGUUACAAUGCAAAUCCGCUUAAUCUUCUUGCUUACCUGUGACAUACGCUGAUGUUUAUACAUAUAAGCAUAUUUUCCUGCUAUAGAUAAUUUGAAAAUUUGCUGACUAUUUACCGAUAAGCAGCUUCUUGAAAUUGGCCAGUGGUUCUGAAUUCAGUCAGUCAAAAAAAA